AUGGUCACAACGGGUGCCCAGGACUUGCCUCAGUUGCCAUCUGAGCUUCUCUUCAAAAUCCUCGGUGAGAUCCACAAUAAACCGACAGUAUUGAAUUGUCGGGCGGUUUGCGAACGAUGGCAUCAUGUUAUGGACAAGUUGGUCGUGAAUAAUGACGAGUUCAAACCAAUUGAGCUGUCUCGACUAGUCGUGUCAGGGCUACCCCGUCGAGCACUCGAAAUCCGACGAAUCAACUAUGAAUCGCAACAGUCGUCGGCCGUGGUUGUGACGCAUGCGAUGAUACGACGAGGUGUGCAGCUUGACUUUAGCUUCAGGCAGUUUAAAAUACAACGAUUGGUGCUCAAGAACCUGACCCUGACGGACGAACUUGUGAAGUUUCUCCGUAUGCAACUUCUGAACAGCGACUUGUCGUCACUGAACCAGCUCUCACUUCAUGCAGUCGACUUCUCUGCCUCGAACUCGUUGACACUGCACCGACUGCUCGCCUUUGUCGCCAAACACCUCGAAACCUUUGAGUUGACUCAGUCCACCGGGAUGCGUGCUGACAGCGUCACUGACGCUCAUCUGGCCCAACUGGACGCGACGAAAAUUCGCCGCAUCACGAUCGACGGAGUACGAUUUGCGAUGCCUCGACGUCGCGCGCUGUUGCGAGUGGGCGACGAGACCCUACGACAGUUAGCUGCGCAGAAGAGCUACCCAACUUUGGUUUUGGAUCGUUGCAGUGUAACGACGAAGACCAUUUGUGAUUACACGGAGGGUUGGUUCGCCACGGCACACGAGUCAGAUAAGUGCUUGCAGUCGCAAAUUUGCACUGUGAAGCGCUGUGCAGCCGUCCGUGGGCCACAGUUCGAAGCAGAGUGCAAGCAACGUGGUCUUCUCUGCAAACAUCGACGAGGCAGUGGCAGUCUCAUACUGUACAACGUGCAGGCCGAACACGAAGAGACGGAAUUCACUGUCGCUACGCAACCACUCGAAGCGGAGGAGCCAAAGAAGGAACGUGAUAUCGAACAUCAACGUUAA